AUGACAAAAACCGCUCUCCUUAAACUAUGUGUAGCUAUACUUAUCACAAUCAUUUUAAUCUUGCCAGAAUAUUUCAAGACACCAAAAGAGGACUUCUUGGAGCUAUCGUGUCUGGAAGCAUGUUUACAAACUAAUCUCACCUAUUUACUGUCCUCAUUAAAUGUUUCUUUCCUGACUCUUCUGCAACCAGUAAGGGAAGCUCAGCUGAUAAGAGGAAUCUUCCUAAAUUAUUCGCACUUCGAAAACAUCAGCAAGAUUCUCCACAACAUCAGGAGUGAAUUUCAGGACUGCUCCUCGUGCUUGGUUUGUGAAUGCAAAGGAAACAUGGACUUUAUUUCUCCAGAACAAACAUCAAAAGUUCUUGUCAUGAGUGGAUCAGUGUAUGAGAACACAAGUGAUUUCCAUUUACCUUGUCAACAUCUUAAUGUCACUGUUACCUCGAUAGUCGAUCACUUGGACGAACAUGACACUACCUGUCAUCUAAAUAACCACUCUGGAAAUUCAACAACUGCAAUGCAAGAUCCAACUAUGGGAAAGUCUAAAAAACAUUCUUGUAGAGUUGCAGAGGACCUGAACAGCUGUGUGCACAUUUCUUUGCACUUAAAAAUGGAUGCCAAAAAUUUCAUGUGUUCCAUGAAGAUCACUUGGUAUAUCUUGGUGCUAUUAGUUUUUAUACUGAUAGUCAUCUUCAUUACUCUUAAAAUACGCGAAGGCCAUUGGAGAGUACAAAAAUGGCAACGUCGUAAGAACAAGCCUGUCUCUGUCCUGUUAAGAGAGAGUGAUUCGGAGAAAUUGAGAGCCUUGAACGUGCAGGUUAUUUCAGAUGCAAUCAAAACGACCUCCUUAAAUAAUGGAAAGUUUGCUUAA